GAAUUCAGCGUGCAUUAAAAUAGAAUGCCAUCUAAUUACGUAAGUUUUCCAUUUAAUCCAAUAUAUAUAAAGCAAAAUAUUUCAGUGUUUUCAGCUUUGCACAAAAAAGGAGUUUUAUCCCUUCCCCACCCCACCUCUUCUCUCAUGGCAGCUCAGAAGGUAGUGCUGAAAGUUUUGACCAUGACUGAUGAGAAAACCAAACAGAAAGCCAUAGAAGCAGCUGCUGAUAUUCUUGGGGUGGAUUCUAUUGCUGCUGAUCUGAGCAGUCAGAAGCUGACAGUGAUAGGGGAAAUGGAUGCAGUAGCGGUGGUGAAGAAAUUGAAGAAAGUGGGGAAGGUCGAUAUAUUGUCGGUGGGGCCCGCCAAGGAAGACAAGAAAGAGGAGAAAAAACCAGAGGAGAAGAAAGAAGAGAAGAAACCAGAGGAGAAGAAGCCCGAAGAGAAGAAACCAGAGGAGAAAAAACCAGAGGAGAAGAAGCCUGAGGAGAAGAAGUAAUCGAUUCGAUUCUACUUUUUCAAUAAAUAAAUUUUAUUCUUCUGUCUUCUUACCAAGAAAUGAAACUCAAUUGGAAAAAAAAAAAAAACCAUCUUUGUAUUGGAUUCAUCGGCUGCUAUUUGGCGUUGGCAUUCUGUUCAAGAAUUCAGUGCUCUCUCUCUCUAGAAAGUUUGUUAGCCUUAUCAAUUGAGAUUGCAAUUUGUCAAAGUAAUGAAUUUGAUUUUUUGUUGGGA